AUGUCCGUUCAAAUACAUUCUCCUCAACAUACAAACAAUCCAACCUAUCACUAUGCUUCUUCUUCUCAACAACUUCCACAACUUCCACAAAUUUCUCAACAACUUUCUCAACAAUUUUCUCAACAAAUUACUCAACAACUUCCUCAACAACUUCCUCGUAUUGACCAACUUUCUAUACAAAUUCCACAAAUUCCAUUACCUCAACAAAUUUCUCAUCAACAUCAAAAUCAUUAUCAACCAAAAUUCCAACAACAACCAUUGUCACAACCAUCAAAUAUGUCACCCAUGUCAACUAUGACACAACAAUACUCUCAACAGGAUCAAAAUUCUCUUCCAGAGAUGACACUUUCAAAUCAAAUAACUGAACAUUAUUUAUCAAAAGCAGCUUCAUUACCUACAGCUUCAUUAGCCAAAUUUCCCAAAUUAUCACCACAACAUCAACAACAUAUUUUAGCAGCAAUUAAAUGUUUGGAGGCUGUAAUUAUGAGUAUCACGAAAGGAAAUACGUAUAUGCCAUUAGUUGAAUUAAAAACGCGAUUUAGAUUAAGUCAAAUAUUAUUUUGGUUCACUGAUAAUAUUCGAGAAUCUGAAAGUCAUUUGCAGAAAGCCAUCUUAGUUGCACAAAAGCUGGAUAAUGCAACAGAAAUUAAAUUUAAAAUGAUUGAUCUUCAGUGCAACAUAUUAAAAAGUACAAAUAAUUUAAAAGCAGCUCGAAAUCUGAUGAAAUCUAAUGUUAUUGAAGCGAUGGAACGUAAUAUGCCAGAUUGGGCUUAUCAUUUUUUAUUACAACGCGCGGACUUUCAUUAUGCAGAAAAUGAUUUCAAUGGAUGUUUAUCAAUAUUGAAGCAAGCAGAAUUAAUGGCAGAUCAAAGAGAAGUUCAUCAUAUUUUGGAUCGAAGUCAAAAUGAAGAUUCAGAAGAUGAAUUGAAAGAAUAUACUACGUUACGUAUAUCAUCAGUUCCUACAUCAUCUACAACAAUAUCAUCUUCUUCAUCUUCCUUAACUUCUACAUCUUCAUUAUCUUCUUCAACGAAUUCCGGAAGUAUAUCAGUAUUAGUUCGAUGGUUAUCUAAAGCAGAAAUAUAUACUCUAACAUUUUUAAUAUCGGGAAUCUGUAAUCGAGGUGAUACCUCGGCUUUAAAAGCAAUUAUUUUUUUAACAGAAGGAUUAAAAAUUGUUGAACGAGAAAUAUUUUCAAAUGAUGACAGUCAUUUACCAGUUCAAGAUGUUAUAAAAUCCAAACAUUUUUAUGUGGUUUUAAAGGCAUACAUGUUACAACAUUUAAUUGAUAAUUACAUGUUAAGGUCCGAGUUUGUUAGUGCUGAAAAGACACUUACCCAAUUAAUGAAUUGGGUGACAGCUUAUGAUCUUUGGUCAAAAUUUCAAGUUCCUGUAACACUUGCACUUGGAAUGAUAAAUCAAUGCGUAGGAAAAUCUAAUGAAGCUAUUGCACAUUAUAAAACAAUUGAAAAGAUAUCGGACAAUAGAGAAAUCAGAAUAUUGUCAAAAGUCAAUCGCGCAUUUUUAAUUUUUGGAAAUUCAAAUAAUAGUCAAGAACAUUCACAAGAGGAGCUUGAUAUUAUAAUUAAAGAGGUACAACAAGAAAUGCAUCAGUCAAAUAAUAUUAUUAGUCUUAGAGCUGCCUUACAUUUUUUAGAAGCGUUAGCGUGUGGUGAAUUAACACGAACAAAAGAACACCUUCUUGAAUCUCUCAAAUUAUCUUCAACUCUGGCUAAUAAUCAACUUAAAGCUUUAACACUUUCAGUAUUAGGUGCAUUAUUCUGUGCAACUCAAAAUGAUCAAGCUGAAAAGAUGUUGGCUGCUGCUUACCUUUUAUCAAGAAAUGCUAAUAAUGAAUUGGGAUGUCUUAUUUCUGGUCGACUUUUAAAGGAUAUAUAUGCUUAUCAAAACAAACAACCUAAUUACUCAAAGCAAAAUUCAUUUAAUGAACAACAUGAACUUUCUGUUUGUAGAUUUUUAACUGAUUGGAGAGAAAGAUAUUCUUAA